ACGCACGCUCAAAUUGCAACCAACAAACACGCACGCAAGCAAGCCCUAACCCUAAUUCCCUCUAAUCCUUUAUUCUUGGUUUAUCAUAUCAUCUCACCCCUUCGUAAUUCCAGUUGUGAAUGGUGGAACCCUUAUUUCAUUGUUGGAUGAUCUCCCCUUUUCCCUUGAUCAGGGGGAUCUCUUCUUUUGGAUCUUGCAAACAAGGCUGGUACUACCGCUGCAUCGGUGUCGACCCGUGAAACCCGACUCGUAUUUGAUUACACAUCUCUUUUUUACUUUAAUCACACCCGUUGUAGUUUUGUUAUUAUCAUUCGCAUUCGUUUGAUUGUUUACUUGUUUGGAUAUUUGUUAAAAAUUGUUAAAAACAAGAAGUGUUUGUUUUGAGAACAUGUUGCUAACUAAGAAUAAGAAGAAUCAGGCCUCGAAAGGUUCCGGAAACCGGAUUUUGAUCAAUGUUACUGUCGUUGGAAGCGCCGGCCCGAUUCGGUUUGUUGUGAAUGAGGGAGAAGUUGUGGCGGAUGUUAUCGAUACCGCGCUUAAGUUGUACGCUCGGGAAGGCCGGCUUCCUGUGCUUGGAUCUAAUUAUAAUGAGUUUGUUUUGUAUUGUCCUGUUGCUGGGACCGAAGCUUUGAAGACUUGGGAAACGAUUGGAUCGGUGGGGGUUAGGAAUUUCAUGUUGUGCAAGAAACCGAAGCAGAAGGUGGUUAAUGAUGACGAUGGAAAACCGGUGGCUGUGGGAGUAACAAGGAAGGGUUCUGGAAGCUGGAGGGCUUGGUUCAACCAGUCAAUCAAUCUUAAAGUAUCAUCUCAUUGAAUGGUACAUCAACUGAUUUUUUUAUGAUUUUUGAAUAUGAGUUUAAGUUGAAUGGUACAUUGGUACAUCAAACUGGUUUUUGUAAUUUCUUGAAUUUGAGUGUGUUUACUUUUGGAGUAUUCUUGAUUGUUAUUAUAAGACAGUGAUGAGUUUUGAUGUUGUAUGUGGUUAGGGUUUUGUUU